GGAUGAGGAAGAUGAAAAGGAUGAUGUGAAGCCGGUAUUGGAGGGGGUGGAGGAAGAGGCGGCGGUGGCGUGGGAGGGCAUUGCGGAGAAGGGGCUUCUCGACGCCCUUGAUCUUGCGUUGGCGCUUGCGGAGGAGGGGCGCGUGAAUGUACUCGCCAACGACGUCCAGGCUAUCGACUGGUUUGGCGAAGAUAUCGAACCUACCCCCGAGAACGUCCCUCUCCCCCCGUCUCCCACUACCUCAUCGCACUCUCAAAACCCAGCCACCAAAGCCGAAAUCGACCCUCCCUCCGACGCUUCCUCUUCCUCCGAUUCCGAAUCCGAAUUCGAAGACGACGACGACGAGAACGACCCGUCCGACAACUCUUCCCACAAAUGUCCUCUGCGCGCGCUCUUCGCCCUGCACGAUCGGUAUGAAGAGCAGAGGCUGGCGGUGUGGUUGACGUUGGAGGCGGGGAGGAGGGGGAAGAUGACGGCGUGGAUGAGGGGCGAGGGGGGGAGGGUGGGGGAAAAGUGGGAUGCGUUUGGGGUGAGAGUUAUCCGGGAGUUUGAUGGGGAAACCCUCAUAUCCCUCGGCCUCGCACCAGACAAGCUCGACAAAUGGACAGACCUCGCCGCCGAUCAGAAUACAAAGAAGGGGAGGAAGAAGGCUAGGAAGAGUGCAUAGUGGGGUGUUUGAGAGGGAUGUUUUGGAGGGCUUUGGGUCUUGGAUUCUGGGAUUUGAGAGAGGGGGAGAGGGAAAGAGUGGGGGAUGGGGUCGGUACCUUGGGAUAUUGAUGGGAGGUGUGAGGAGUGGAAGUGGUGGGUGAUGAGGGGUGGUUUUGCCGAGUUUUGGGGUAUCCGGCUACGUCUUUACCACGUGUAUGAGAGGCAUGAAUGUUCUUGAUUUUUGUA